CCCUUUUGUUUAUCAUAGCUGUCCCUUUAACUGGUUCUUGUAACAUACAGAGUUGUUGCUCCAUCACUCAUCUCCUUCGCUAGCUUCCAGGCCUGUUGCGAAAAUGCUAAACAUGUGCCUGUAACAGCAGCUGCAGGUCCCAAGCUUGUUGUUUGGAAUCCAGCUUCAGCACAGAGUCACUGUCAGUCCUAAAAAUAACCCAACGAAAGGCAGCCCGUCCCAGUGACUUGGCAAAAGCUUUUCGCCAUGCUGCCCACUCCAUGUUGAUCUAACCAGCUACUCAGCUGCAAACCGCUUUUUUACUGGAAGGAUGAGCCAUUAUUUCCAUUCUCUGCUUCUGUGGUAAGCUUUACUCUCACGUUGUGACCGUCCCUGCUGAAAGCCGAUUUGAUCUACAUUUUGAACUGCAGCUGACCAUGGUGCGAAAUGUGGAUGACCUGGACUUCUGCCUGUCCUCCCACCCUCAGAGCAUCCUAGAGGGCUUACGCUCCCUCUGCUCUCAGCCAAAACUGGUCGACGUCACGCUGAGCGCCGGCGGCCGGGACUUCCCCUGUCACCGCGGCGUGCUGGCCCUCUGUAGCACGUACUUCCGCUGCAUGUUCUCAGGGGACUUUGUGGAGAGCAUAGCUGCGCGUGUCGAGCUACAGGAUGUCGAUCCUGACAUACUCGGCUACUUGCUGGACUUCGCCUACACAGGCAAGCUGACCAUCAACCAGAGCAACGUGGAGGGGUUGAUCUGCACCUCCAGCCAGCUGCAGUUUCAGUCGGUAAGAACUGUGUGCAGCCGAUACCUCCAGCACCAGAUUGAUGCCACCAACUGCCUGGGAAUCCUGGAGUUUGGGGCCAUUCAUGGCUGCCCUGAGGUGAUGGCCAAGGCGUGGGCCUUCCUCUUGGAGAACUUUGAGGCUGUUCAACAAGGUGAGGAGUUUCUACUGUUGGAAAAGGACAGGUUGGUUUCCUUCCUCUCUGACGAAGGACUACAUAUCCGGUCAGAGUGCACGCGAGUGGAGGCCAUCCUGAAAUGGGUCAGGCACCACAAGGAGUCCCGGCUCUGCCACCUCCCAGAACUCCUCACCUUGUCCCAUCCCUCUCUACUCAGCCUGGACUACCUAGCUGACACCCUGCUGAAGGACAGUCUGGUUCAGGCUUCCCCCAGCUGCAGGGAGGCCAUAGAAAAAAUUCACAGGGAGAAAAUGGAUUUAGCACCAGAAUAUAGGGACAGACUCAACUCUCUGAGUCCACAACCAAACUUGCAAGAGGUGUUGGUUGUGCUAGGAGGCCGCUCACUGGAUGACUCAGAUGAAGAUGACUCAGACGAAGAUGAGGACAGAGACCCAAGAGUGCAAAGACUGCUGCGCAAGAACUGUGCUUUCUACAACACGAAAACAAAACAGUGGCAUGAGCUCCCUAAUUUCCCCAACCCUAACAAGUGGGGUUAUGCCAUGGUCUCCCUGAACAAUGACGUGUAUGUCACAGGGGGCUCGCGAGGCACGAAUACCAACACCUGGUCGACCACAGAGACCUGGAAGUACAUCACAAGGGAGGGGAGGUGGGUUACCGUGGCACCCAUGCUUCGGCCUCGAACUAACCACACGUCGGCAACGCUCAAUGGGGAGAUUUACGUCAUUGGAGGUACAACAUCGGAUCGCGUUGAAGUUGAGCAUUAUGACCCAUACAACGACACCUGGUCCUUGACAUGCCCCGCCUUGAAAUAUGUGACAAACUUCACGGCCACGGCGUGUCACGGGAAGCUCUACGUGAUCGGCUCGUGUGCUGUGAAGUACAACGCGUUGGCCAUGCAGUGCUACAACCCCGUUAUAGAUAGCUGGAGCAGCAUAUGUUCGCCCUUCAUUCCAAAGUAUUUGUCCUCUCCUUGUUCUGUCUGUGUGGAUGGAACAAUUUAUCUGGUUGCUGACAACACUAAGAAAGUCUACUCUUACGAUCCAGAUGCGAACAUGUGGCAGAAGGUCCAGCUUCUCCACAUGCUCCAUGAGAACGGCGGCCUGGUAACGCUGGAUGGCAAGCUCUUUGUCACCGGAGGACAUUGGAAAGGCAUGGAGGGGGACUACGGGGUAGAAGUGGAGAUUUACAACCGAGCGUCCAACACCUGGGAGGUGGAGUGCUUCCUGCCAAGACUUUGGUUCUACAGCAGAGUCUGCACCAUUUUCCUUGAUCCGUCCCACUGGCCUGAGCUCUUCCCCGUAGAUUCAACAUAACGUCCGCGAGACAUGCUCCUGUAGCGUGGCAUGUUUACCCCAGGAUGUCUUUGUGCCUUAGAAUAGCGUGUUACACGAUCCUCAGGUAUUCUUCUUGGUUGUUUUUAGGGCCUUGCUUGGCUGCUCUGCAGGUGUUUAUUUAUACUCUGUAUCAUGAGAUCUGAUUUCUUUUUUUGUGUCACUCAAUGGUGCUCGUGACUGAUGAAAUCUUUGUAUAAAUAGUUCAUAGGACGCUGUUUUGACUGAGAAUUAUUAUUAUUAUUAGCAUUAUUUGUUAUUAUUAUUGGUGAUUGUUUAUCAGUGGUUUGAAACUGGCAGUGCUCAAAUUAUUGAUUAUUAAAGACUCUUUGGA